UUUGUUUCAAACACACUGUGGUGUAGAAAGAAAUGGGAGCAAGGGAUUCGCUUCGGUAGAGCUGGUUAACCCUCUCAUUGUCAGCAUGGAGCACGUAAGACAGGAAGCGUAGACAUCAGCUUACUUACCCGCGGAAGCGAGAGAGUUAACUGAUGAACAUUUGCAUUAUUAACGAGGGAAAGUGGUCGUCUUUGAAUGUGUGUAUGCCCUUGAUGCACUCAAUCUCUUUUUGAAGCCAGAAGGAAAGUGUGUACAUUACUCAUGUUCAACUUUCAGCUCACUUCUUUCGUGAGUGUUUCACGGACUAGGAAACAUGGACGACAAGUGGAAGAUUGUUUUCAAGGAGCACGCGCGAGCGCCCAUCUACAGCGUCAGCCACUACGUCACGUACCUGCGGAGGUUCGUGUGGGACACUGCCGACUCCAGCACGUGCCAACGACACGGCAGCCGCAGCUCACCUGACGACAAGUCCAGACCUCGACCUGAGGACGGCAUCAACCCACUCUCGUAUUUCCUCAGAAAACUGAUGCUGGACCUCAAAGUGUCCUACGACAGUUUUGUCAGUGACUUCGUGCGACCCCCCAACGAUGGUCUCGGACUGCUCUUGCGCCUCUUGGGCAACCUCCAGAACUCGGGCACCCCGGGUAGGUCUCGGCCCUCGAGCGGUAGGUCUAUGUCCAAGCUGGAAGACUACAAGAGAAUCAUGACUGACGAACGGGACUGCCUGCUGUGCAUAAAAUUUACCUUGCGGCUAAAGAAUGCUGUCAGUCAGCUUGUGGAGGAUGUCGAGGGUCUGCAGAGAAUCGCAGCGGGUGUCACAGGCCCCAACAGCAAGGCGAGGAUCACCUGCCUGGAGAUUCUCACCUUGGUCUUGAUGGAAUGCCACGCUGCCGACAAGGUAGUGGAAGCCUUCACCAUCAUGAGACUGCGGCUAGGAGAGUCAGUGCGCUUUAAAAUGCUAGUCAGCAUGUUGCACACAAAAGGUCCGUCACAGGUGCUUUUUCAGGUGUCGUGUAUGAAGAUGUUCAACACCCUUCUUGCCGUCUGCCCGAGCGCCACCUGGCGAGUUUACCUGCAACAGGAAAUUAUUUCGGCUGGCCUUGAUCUUAAACUGCUGUCUCAGGUGUGUGUUAAUGGAGUAAUGGCAUCCUCAUUACGAGUGUAUAAUCAGAUUUUAAUUUUAAAAGUAUCAUCUGUUUUAUAAAACAAUCCCACUUCACACCUACACAGCUCUAAUCUUUAGAG